GCACUAUGGAGCCGCUUGAACGACUCGGACUGGAAGCAUCUGUGUCGUGUGAGCCUUUGCCGUCGUAUUCUGGACGGAAGUCAGCUGCAAUAUCAAAAGUGAAUCUAAGAUUUUGCUCUUAUCCUGCCCUGUUCACAGCGCAAACUUGUCAAGAUACGCCGGUGCCGCAAGCGGUUCCGAGGCUAUAAUCAACUUGGUUCUUUACUCUCCCGUUUCUCAUCCUCGGUGGGAUAUCCUGCGAGAGCCGUGCUGUCAUAGGUUCUCAUGGCUACCAUUACUUCUCUGGUUUCUCCCACAAUGACUGGCGUCGUCCCGAGAGGGUCUCCAGCAUUGCAUCGUCGUUGAUUGCUGCCUUAUACGCAGCAAUGAUCUCAGAGCCAGUAAACGACAAAGCUGUCCAGUUCUUUUACGAAGACAGCGGCGCACCGCACGACGGCACCUACACAACCCUCCUCAUCAUCCACGGCACAAGCUAUCACAGCGCCGUCUUCCACCGUCUCCUCCCUCUGGCACCGCAGCACUCCCUGCGCCUCGUCCUGCUGAACCGGCGGGACUACCCGGGCUCGACGCGCAUCUCCCCCAAGGAGAUCGUGCAGAUCCGGAGCCCCCGCGUGGACGAGCAGGCGGCGGCGCUGCGCGGGCUCGGGCUGGACAUCGCGUCGUUCCUGGCGUGGUACGCGCGCUCGUCGGGGAUCCCGAAAGUGGGUGCGGACGGGAGCGGUGGGAUAUCCGUGCUGGCGUGGUCCUCCGGGAACGCGCAGACGUCCGCGGCCAUCGCCAACCUUGGGCUUCUGGAGGAAGACAAGAAAGCGUUGUUGAGGGAUUACCUCAGGGGUUAUAUUAUAUAUGACAGCCCCUCGUACGUCUUCGGCUUCGUCCAGCCCCCCGACCUCUACAACGUCUUCCGCGACCCCUCCAUCCCCUCCAUGGCGCAAAAAGCCGCCGUCUUCAACAUCUGGGUGACGGGGUACUACCAGCACCCCGACCCCGAGUCUGGGUGCGUCGCGGGGCUCGCGACGCGGAGCCUCGACAACCCGUCACCCACAUAUCACCGGCUGGACGCGGCGGUGUCGGACCCCGAGGCGCUGCAGCGCGGGGAAGGGUUCGUGCGGUACAUGGGCGCGGAGGUGUUCAGAGAGAAUUUCGAGAGGAUAUUUACGGAUAAGCGGGAGGCGGAGGGGUUUCCGGGCUUGAAGGUCAAGUUGGUGUGGUGCCGGCAGACGAACCCUGAUAUUGUCUGGGGCGCUGCGCAACUGCGGAAGAAGAUAGAGGAGAUGGAGAUGGAAGGGAAGACAUACCGGAAGCUUGAGGUACACUCUAUGAAUGGGAAUCAUUUUGCUCAUUGGGAUCAACCAGAGGAUACCAUUCAGUUCUGGAGUACACUAGUCUAG